AUGAAGAAAGAUGCCGGCGCCAGCGUCAGUGGCGACGCUCAGAAAAGUGAGAAGGAUAAGGACAACAACAACAACAACAACAACAACAACACACGAGUCUCGUUUGGGAUUGUUGUGUGCUAUUUUCGCUGGUGCUCCGCAUUCUUGUCGCCUGCGUUUCACAAGUGUUCCCCACGCUCCCAUGAAUCAUGA